CCUUCUAGUCGGGCAACGCUUCCUGGUUAUCUGAAAUUGGGAAGUAAAGUUGUUUUUAAACCUGUGCUACGGUGUGAAACUGGCAUCAUCUGACCGGGCCUUAAAAUGUCACCCAGAAAUGUCUGCUCCCUGGUUCUGGCCGUCGUCUUCUGUCUUCUUGUAACCGUACACAGCAGGUUUCCUACUCUGGACCAUGUUAAAGCCAGAGCCAGCGACGAGACUCAGGGUAGAGCCGUUAUCGAGCUGCUGACACGGUUGCUCGGGAACAGGUCGGCGGAGUUCAUAGUGUCAGUCAACGGGAGCCUUUCCAAGGACAGCCUGGAUGUGUGCGAGCUCCGGUCCUCCAAAAACGGCAAGAUAGUCGCCACGGGCAGCACCGGGGUGGCCGUGGCUUCUGGGAUAUACAACUAUUUGAAAUAUUUCUGCAACUGUCACGUUUCCUGGUCUGGGAAUCAGCUGGAUUUACCCAGACCCCUGCCGAGGCUCACCGGCGUCCUGCGCAUCAACACACCGCACAGAUUCCGCUAUUACCAGAACGUCUGCACUUUUAGCUAUUCCUCUGUGUGGUGGGACUGGCCAAGAUGGGAGAGAGAGAUUGACUGGAUGGCACUCAAUGGAAUAAACCUGCCACUGGCUUUCACUGGCCAAGAGGCUCUCUGGCAAGAGGUUUACCGUGCUCUUGGGUUAAACCAGUCAGAGAUCGAUGAGUUCUUCUCUGGUCCGGCAUUUCUUGCCUGGAACCGCAUGGGAAACAUGUUCAAGUUUGGUGGACCCAUACCGCAGUCCUGGCAUGUGAACCAGCUCUACCUCCAAUUUAAAAUCUUAGAGCGAAUGAGAUCUUUUGGCAUGAUCCCUGUGCUGCCAGCUUUCUCUGGAAACAUUCCCAAGGGUAUCCUCAGGCUGUAUCCAGAUGCUAAUGUAACCAGACUGGGGUCUUGGGCUCACUUCAACUGCAGCUUCUCAUGUUCCUAUAUCUUAGACCCCCGGGACCCACUUUUCCUGCAGAUAGGGUCCCUUUAUCUGUCUCAGGUGGUGAAGCAAUUUGGGACGGAUCAUAUCUACAACACUGAUACCUUCAAUGAGAUGACUCCACCUUCCUCUGACCCCACCUACCUGUCUGCAGUCAGUAAAGCUGUCUUUGCUUCAAUGACUUCAGUUGAUCCUCAGGCAAUUUGGCUAAUGCAAGGCUGGCUGUUCUUCAGUGAUCAAACGUUCUGGAAGCCGGCCCAGAUUCAAGCCCUACUACACGGUGUCCCCCUCGGGCGAAUGAUUGUGUUGGACCUGUUUGCAGAGACAGAACCAAUCUUCUCCUAUACCAACUCUUUCUUUGGACAGCCCUUCAUCUGGUGUAUGUUGCACAAUUUUGGGGGUAACAGUGGUUUAUAUGGCACUGUUGAGAGCAUCAAUUCAGGGCCCUUCAAAGCCUUGAAUUUCCCAAACUCCACUCUCGUAGGCAUAGGCAUGACACCGGAGGGUAUUGAGCAGAAUCCUGUGAUAUAUGAGCUGAUGAGUGAACUUGCUUGGCGCAAGGAGCCUGUCAACUUGGCCAAGUGGGUGUCGCUUUAUGCUGUACGCCGCUAUGGCAGCACACAAGAAAACCUUACUGCCGCAUGGAGGCUUCUGUUCGCCAGUGUAUACAACUGCACAGAGCCACAUUAUCGUAACCACAACCAUAGUCCACUGGUGCGCCGGCCUUCAUUUCACCUGAGAACUGACCUUUGGUACGACCCUACUGAUUUGGGCAAAGCCUGGAAACUCUUUAUGGAGGCGGCGCCUUCUCUCAUGUCUAAGGAGACCUUUCGAUACGAUCUUGUGGAUGUUACUCGGCAAGUCCUACAAGUCAUGACAUCGUACUUUUACCUGGACAUUGCAGAUGCUUUCUAUAAACAAAAGUUGCCAGAACUGCUGACAGCAGGUGGUGUGCUGGUUUAUGAUCUCUUGCCCGAGCUCAAUCGCUUGCUCAGUAGCGACCGCAACUUCCUGUUGGGGACAUGGCUGGAGCAGGCACGAUCCAUAGCCCUGAAUGAAAAGGAGGCAGAACUCUAUGAAAUGAAUGCAAGAAACCAGGUCACUUUAUGGGGUCCCAGUGGUGAGAUCUUGGACUAUGCCAGCAAGGAAUGGGGGGGCCUUAUGGAGGAUUACUACGCCCAGCGAUGGAUACUGUUCGUUCAUACACUGGUAGAGUGUCUGAACACUGGACGACCAUUCAAGGAGGAUGCUUUCAAUCAGGCAGUUUUCCGGGUAGAAAGGGGGUUCAUUUACAAUGGCAGAAAGUACCCAACCAAACCUCAGGGAGACACCUAUGAGAUUGCCCACAGGAUUUUCCUGAAGUACUACCCCCAGGCCUUAAAGAGACUAUAAGCAGAAACAAAACUUCUCAAAUCGCAGCAGAAGAAUGUCUUCCUCCACCUCCAGUUUUCCAUGGCUAUCCCCAAACAUUUUGAUGUGGAAACUAACUAUCUGUUGUGCACAUGUAAUAAAAAUCAACUGCAGAUAGUUGGGCAUUCUAUAGGAAAAGGAUUUUCACUUUACAUUCACUGUGAUCACAUAUGCAAAUAGAAAAUGGACAUGUUAAUUGUGGCAGUAAGACUUUAGUCUGACAAAAUCAAAUGACCCUGUCAGAUCACCUGCGCUAACUGAUUUAAAUAAGAAAUAGUUCUGUGUUUUGGGAAAUGGAUACAUGGUGAGUAUCACAUUGGUGUGACUCAAGACUUGAAAUGAAAGUGCUAAGAAAUGAUCUGACAAAUAGGCUUAUGGUGCACUUUAACGAAUGCUGUAACUUCAUGUCUUCAAGUUCCUCAGUGAUAUUUCUGAUUACUACAAUACUUUUUUAUGAAAGUGUAUAGGUGUCAAGCUGUCACAUUUUAAAUUCAACUACAAUUUUUAUGCUUCACAUUGUUCGUCCUUUUGAUUACUAUUAAAGUGUAGAUGAGAGAUUCUGUUUAUACUAUGUAAAUGUAGGGCAACAAGUGAUUUUUUUAGACAUUUAUAAUGUGCCAACAAACAUUUCAGGUUUCUGUAUUGCACAGAUGCUAUUUUUGUAAUUUAAUGAGUUAAAGAGUUGCGAGCAUCUCAGGCAUGUGAUGACAGGCUGAAAGCUCUGAUAAUUUUGUGUUGUGCUGUCGGAAAUAUUGUAUCAGUUUCAUGUAAAGCUGGAAGUGAUCAUAAAGUUUGAAAUUCAGAAACA